UUUGAACUCAGGUCUUCUCAGCUCUAGGUUCAGCUGUUCUAGCCACUGUGCCAUCUGGUACUAAUUCAUGAGGCAAUUGUAAAGUUCUACACAUUGCCAUUCAAUUAUUUCAUUCGUUUCUGACUCUUUGCGACCCUAAAUGGCAAAGACACAGGAGUGGUUUGCCAUUUCCUCCAGAGGAAACUAAAAUUAAGAGGCAGCAAAACAGAAUAUUGGAGAGCUGCAUUAGCCCCGGAAUCAGGAAGACCCGAUUUCAAAUCUUACUUCAGAAGCUUAAUCCUCGGUGACCCUGCGUAAAUACGCUUAAUCGGUCUCAACCUCAGCUUUCUCAUCUAAAAUGGGGAUAAUAAUAGCACUUACCUCCCAGGGAGGUUGGGAGGAUCUGUAUGUGUAUCAAAUGCUUUGUAAAUCUUAAAUCAUUAGGUAAGAGUGAGCUAUUAUCAUCGGCAUUUUCAUGCUGGGCAACCACAAUCAGGUGCCAUUCCAAAGGCAUAGAGAGAAACAGUGGCAGACUUACAGGAGCGCCAUGAAUGAGGAAUAGCCCUGACACCCCCUCCACCCCCGGUCAGCAGGGGCUGGUUAUCCCUCCCUCCCCAAGGUCACACCUGAGAAGGGUUUGGAGGCUGCACCUAGAGGAGGGGCCUCUGCUGGGGAGGGAGGGCAGGGCUGCUCUGCUCUCCAUGGGACACGCUAAGGAAGCAAACUCCGGGCAGGCUCUGCUGGAGUUUCUCCUCCGAGGCCUGAUAGCCUUUGGGGGUGUGGAGGGGGAGUCCGCCCUGCGCACCUGCAGAGCAGGGGAGGGCAGAGGGACUCCCUGGAAACCCAACACCUUCUGGAGAGGUCGUGUGAAAACGGGGCUGAUGAGUCUCUUGGGGGUCAGCCCGGCCCUAAGCGCCUGCUGGAGGCGGGGAAAGCAACCAGAAUUGACCAUCAGCGAGUCUGGGGAUGGACAAGAAAGCAGAGCCCAAAUCCUGGGCCGGAAAAGAACCCCCGUUUAGGGGAAUGCAAGAGCCUCCCAAAUACUGAGCUAGCUCUGACAACGUGUGUGACAACCUCAUCAUUCAUGUGCACAUCCCUAGAAAAUAUACUGCCAAGCGCGAUGACCCCACGAGAACGACCUCACCUCUGAGUCUCAGCUUCUUCUGUACUACCGGGGAAAUGAUAACACCAAAGGAAUCUGUCAGAGAACUUUGCAAACCUUCAAGCCUUACAGAAAGGCAGCCGCGAUUCGGAGUCCGUUCCCCAAAGGGACUGAAUGCGCCCAUCAACCGGUAUUGUUACUCGGCGAGUCUGUCCUAAGGGCCCAAAAGUAGCACUCGCUCCCACCAGCACUGCUUGUCCAGCUGGCCACAGGUGUCAUUUUGCGCACAGAGACCAAUCGAGUCUCCGGGGACACCGGCGCUUGGACCUAAGAUGGCAUUCGGUCGGCCUCGGCAAGUCAGAACUGGAGGAGAAGGGAGCAGAGGAGCAAAAGGAGUCAGAAAGGGGUUUAUCUCUUAGAGACUCCUCCCACGAGAUGAGGGGGGUGUCGAGUUGAGAAGAAAAUGUUUUAAGUGUUUAGAGAUCCUGAGGCGAUGGGGAUGGGAGCAAGAAGGUUUGGAUGAGGAAAAUAGCCCCCUGUGGCUGCCCCUCUGCUUUUCAGAGACUUUUUUGCCCCACUGGGCUGGGUUCUAGAAGCCACGCCCUCUAUAUUCAUUCUCCCACCCCCACCACCCGUCCUGGACACCUUCUAGAAGGCUUGCACAAGGGACCUGGCAGUGACGGGACUCCUCCCGCCAACACUGCUCCCUCGUGCUCAGUGACCAGCACAGGGACCCAGGUGUCCUGGCCCCCGGCCUCCUUGGGUUCAGGGAGCCCCUGCCUUGGGUACCGAGCUGCGUGUGUUAACUGUCACUGCUUCGAGACCCAGAACCAAGCCUACCCUCACUCCACCAGGUGCCACAGGGGUGAGGUGCAGGUCAAAACAGUCCUAGGAGGGGAGGGCCUCAGUUCUAGAUUUGGGAGGUCGUCUAGGGGACUGGGGGACUGCUCUCAGGUUCUAGGUCAGGGCUCUGGGAUUUCUCAGAGGGGAGGUCCUUAGUUCUUGGUCUGGGGUCUACAUGGGAGGGAGUAGUUGCUCUUAGGUUCUAGGUCUAUAUCAUCCUGGGGACUGGGGAUAUGGAUCCUAAGUUCUAGAGUUCAGGGUUCUUGAAUUUUAGGACUGUAUUCUGAGCUAUGUGGGGUGGUUGGGUUCUAGGUCAGUGUUUCAGAGUUCUAGAGGAACUCUGCAGGUUCAGUUUCUAAGUGUUUGUAGUUGAGGUAGUUCCCCCCAGAUUCUGGAGGCAACUUGUAGUUUCUGGGUCUAAGUUCUAGAUCCUGAUAGAUGGGAAUGGUCUCGGUUCUGAGCUCCCUUUGAGAGCCUUUGGGAUUGAAGCGGGCAGACGGGCAUGAGAGAGGGAGCUGAGUUGGAAGCCACAGGACCUGGGUUAGACUCUUGGCUCUGCUCUUUCCCAGUUAACAGACGGAGGGGCUGGACUCAGUAAUCUCUGCACCAUGCCUGCCUAGGGCUGGUGGGAGAUGGGGUCCGCAGUGUGAGUUCUCCACAGCUCUUCCCCUGCUUCCUGCUUUCUGGGCAGCUGGCCCUUCCUCUAAGGGAGGACCUGUGCUUUGGGCCUCUGGCUGUGUCCCCCUCAGCCCUUGGUCGUAGGAUGGAGGCUGAGAAAGGUACUCCAAAGGCAGCACACAGCUUAAAGGUGAGGUACAGCGAGGUGGAUCAGCUGGUCUGGAGCAGUAAGAUGGAGUACGUCAUGGCACAGGUGGGCUUCGGUGUGGGAUUGGGUGCCGUCUGGAGGUUUCCUUCUUUGUACCACCAGAAUGGAGGCGGUGCCUUCCUUCUACUCUAUGUGCUGCUGCUUUUCACCCUGGGCAUCCCCUUGGUGUUCAUGGAGAUGGCUUUGGGGCAGAAGGUGCGCAUUGGCGUCUGGACAAAGAUCCACCCCCAGCUGUGGGGCAUGGGCCUGGCCUGCAGCCUGGUAUGCUUCUUGGUGAGUGUCUCUUAUAACAUGUUCAUUGCUUGGAGCAUCUUCUACCUCAGCAACUCCUUCCAGUACCCACUGCCCUGGAACCAGUGCCCAGCGUCGAUGAACACUAGCAUCCCUGAUCCUGAGUGUGCCCGCACCAGCCCAUCCAUUUAUUUCUGGUACUCGCAGACCCUGGAAGUCACAAGCAGCAUUGACAAUAGCGGGGGCAUUGUCUGGAGCCUCUCAGUCUGCCUCUUAGUGGUUUGGCUCUUAAUCAUAUUCAUCUCAAUACGGGGCAGGAAGACAAAAGGGAAGAUGCUGUACCUCUCCAUGAUGGUCCCCUACGCCAUCCUGUCCUGCCUCCUCAUCCAAAGCUACAUGCUGGAAGGUUCCAUUUAUGGGCUGCGUCACUUGGUGACCACCAAGGGGGCAUCUCCUGCCCCUCCGUCCCCUCUGCAGAUAUCAGCCAUGGUCUCUCCGCUCCUGUGGAAGCAAGCAGGAAUGCAGGUGUUCUACAACAUGGGCCUGGGCUUUGGCAGCAGCGUCAUCUUGUCCUCGUAUGCCGACAAGAGUAAGAGCUGUGUCCAGGACGUGUUCAUCGUGGUGCUCUUUAACCUGGCCUUUUGCCUCAUGGCCUCUCAGGUGGUGUUCAAUGUGCUGGGUUUCCGGGCCACCAUAACCACACGGGAAUGCAGCUACCGGAGCUCCUGGGGGCUGCAGCAGCUGAUCAAAAUGGGGAAGCUACCCCAAGAGGCAAGUCCGCCCCAAGAGCUGUUGAAGAAGUCGAUCAAAGCGUACACCAUGUGGUUAAAUAAGUUUGACAGUGAUCUGAGGAAGAAGAUUCUGGAGCACGUGUCCGAUUACCGCUUGGAGGAGCAGUUCAUGCAUUACACAGGAGGCCCUGGCCUGGUCUUCAUGGCCUUCGCUGAAGCCAUAGCCAAGUUCCCAGGCUCUUCCCUCUGGUCUAUCGUCUUCUUCCUGAUGCUGAUCAACCUGGGACUGAACACUUCACUACGACUGAUGCAGGGCAUCCUGAUCCCGCUGCAGCACAACUUCCCCCGCCUUCAAAACUUGUCUUUGAUCCUCUGCGUGACCGUUGGCUGCCUGGGCUUCCUGUGCAGCCUCCUCUUCACUCAGCGCUCCGGGCUCUACUUCCUGACCAUAUUCAAUGAAUUUGCUAUCAGCCUGCCUCUGUGUAUCGUGGUCCUCUUGGAGAACAUUGGUGUGACCUGGAUCUAUGGGGCUAAGAGAUUGAUAAAUGAAACAUGGGCCAUGCUGGGGCUCAGCGUCUCACUCAUGCAUGAGUGCCUGCUGCUCUACUUCACCUUGCUGAUUCUACUGAUCCUUCUCCUAUGCAACCUGUGGGAGGUGAUUCUGGUGUACCCCACCUAUGGAGCCUGGGAUAUGAGCACUGCCACAGAGUCAACGCUUCCCUACCCGCUGUGGGCUGUGGUCCUGGGGAGUGGCCUCAUCUUGCUGCCCCUCCUGCCCAUCCUGGUGGGUCUGUUAAAGUGUUCAAAGAGGCCAGUCAUAUUGCCACAGCCUAAGGGUUCCUCUCCCCAGCUUCUGCUGACUUCCUCCCCAACCUCGUCCCUGACCGUGUCCCAGGAUCAGCAAGCAGCCUCCUUCAGGAAGGCCUCAAGGCUUUCUGAGGCCCAGGCUGCAGAGGCCGAAGAGGAGGCCAGUGGGCCAGUGGGCCAGCCCAGCCUCUUAGCUCCCUCAAAAUCCAUGGGAACUGCUAUUGGGCAUGCUAAGAGAAGGGACUCCAGGUCAGAAGCUCUGCCUGAAAGGUCCACUCCAGACCCUCCUUCCCCCUCCUCAUAGGGCUAGAGAAUCCUCAUGAUGGUCAGCAGCAGCCCCCAGCUACACAAGAGCCCUUUACCAGCUAGGGGUCCUCUAGCCUCUUUCUAAAACCCUCCAGUGAGUGGGUACCCUCAUGUACCUCUUGUGGCAGCCCAUCCCCUCUCUUUGGGAGGAAGUUUUUCCUGAAGUUACGCCUUUUCUGGCCUCUGAGACAUGUCACCUUGGCUUCUGGGGACAAGCAGAAGGAGAUGCCCAUCCUCCAUAUGCCCUUCAAGCACUGGAAGAUGGCACCCUGGUUUCCACUGCCUCCCCCACUGCCUCACUAAGUUUUUUCCAAGCUGACUGCCCAGUUUUCAGUAGAUUUGCCAUUCUGGUUAUCCUCCUCUGGACAGCUCACUCCCCAGCUUAUUAAUGUCAUUUUUAAAGGGGCCCAGAACUGAACAAAAUACUCUGGAGGGGGCCUGACAGAGGUAGAGCAUGUGUUGGUUAUUCUACACAACUUCAGAUAACAUGAGCUCCGUUGGUUGAUAUGUUACACUGUGGAUGCACGAGGAACUUGUGGUCCACUAAGAUUCUCAGCUCUUUUUCAGAUGAAUGCCUAUCUGCUCAUUUCCUCUAUUUUGCAUUCAUGAAAUCAAUUCACCUAGGUGUAAGGCUUUUCCUUCUUAUUAAAUGUUAUUAAAUUAA